ACAAAAAAAAACUUGAUCUUGUUUGUUCUUCAAAGUUUACACCUGAAACAGAAGUGGGCGUUUCCAAGGUGACUACACAUCGGACCAGUUAGACCAGAUAUUAUUCUGUCACAGAUCUGUAGGACUGUGUAUUGAUCCGGCUGCUUUAAACUGGACUGUGUGACCAAUGUCAGCACUGGUUUCCGCUUCACUGCUCAGAUCAUGGGCAAACAGACUCGCUUUCGUGGAUGGACUUAAACGCAGCGCGUCACUGACGUCAUGCAGCUCCACUUUGAUCUUGUCCCGGUCACUCCAUGUGGACAGUCCUCCUCACAAACCCUCUCUGACCUGCAGCUACGUCCACGGCACCUCCAUCGUCCCUCUGCUCUCCCAGACUGUGGCUCAGAGCCUGGACAGCACAGUGCAGCGCUGGCCGGACCGUGAAGCUGUCGUCUUUCUGCAGGACGGCAUCCGGAAAACCUUUGCACAGUUUCAGCAAGAUGUAGACCAGGCAGCAGCAGGUCUCCUUGCUCUGGGCCUGAAGCGAGGCGACCGACUGGGAGUUUGGGGACCCAACAUUUACGAGUGGAUCCUUUUCCAGUUUGCCUCAGCCAAGGCUGGGAUUAUACUGGUUGCAUUGAACCCAGCCUAUCAGGUGAAGGAAGUGGAGUUUACGUUAAAAAAGGUCCAGUGUAAGGCAGUGGUCUGUCCUACUCACUUUAAAAGCCAGAAGUUCCUUGAGAUGCUGAGGGAGAUCUGCCCAGAGAUUGAUGAGGCACCAGCUGGUAUGAUCCAAAGCUCCAGGCUGCCAGACUUGCGUAUGGUGAUCGUGACAGACAGCAGACAGCCAGGGAUGCUGCAUAUGGAGGAUGUGAUGCAAGCAGGAGAGAGUCGACACCACAAAGAGCUGAUGGAUCUACAGAAGAAGCUGUCCUUCGAUGACCCCAUCAAUAUUCAGUUCACAUCGGGAACUACAGGAAGCCCAAAAGGAACGGUUCUUUCCCAUCACAAUAUUGUCAAUAAUGCCUACUAUAUCGGCCUCAGGGUGGGAUAUGCAUCAAGGCCCCGGGUGCGAGUGUGCGUCCCUGUGCCGAUGUACCACUGCUUUGGCUCAGUGCUUGGAGGGAUUUGCAUGGCAGUGCACGGUGUUACGCUCGUCUUUCCUAGUUCUGGCUACAACAUUAAUGCUAAUUUGGAGGCCAUUCACAGUGAAAAGUGCAAUUUCGUCUACGGCACUCCCACAAUGUUCAUCGACUUGCUUAGCCAACCAGAUUUACACAAAUUUGACCUGUCAUCGGUUGAAUCUGGGAUCAUGGCAGGGUCUUCGUGUCCACCUGAGAUUGUUAGAAAACUGAUAACAGACAUGAACAUGACAGAGAUAGUCUUAGGUUAUGGAACCACAGAGAAUAGCCCCCUUACAUUUCUGGGGUUUCCACAAGACAACGAUGAACUGAAGAUAAACACGACUGGAUGCAUCAUGAGCCACACUGAGGCAAAAGUGGUGGACCCCACUACUGGGGUGGUUGUUCCUCUGGGAGAAUCAGGAGAGCUGCUGGUCAGAGGCCCCUGUGUCAUGCACGGGUAUUGGGACGAUCCAGAAAAAACCAGAGAGGUCCUUUCACAAGAUCGCUGGUACAGGACUGGGGACACAGCCAGCCUGAACAGUCUGGGUUACUGCAGAAUUGAUGGACGUAUGAAAGACAUGAUCAUCCGUGGAGGGGAGAACAUCUAUCCUGCUGAGAUAGAGCAGUUUCUAUACACGCAUCCCAAAGUGCAGGAGGUGCAGGUGGUUGGGGUGAAAGAUGAGAGGCUGGGUGAGCAGGUGUGUGCCUGCAUCCGGCUGAAAGAGGGUCAGAGCUGCAGUGCAGAGGAGAUUAGAGCGUUCUGCAAAGGACAGAUUUCUCAUUUCAAAAUCCCACAUUAUGUGAUGUACGUAGACGGCUACCCCCUCACCGUUUCUGGAAAGAUCAAGAAGAAUGUUUUAAAGCAGGAUAUGGAGAAGAAACUAGGCCUUUAACAUGAAGGACAACGAGUGCACCUGCUGGAAAACGUAGGACAUCUGAUCUGACAUCUGCGGGACAAUGAUGCAUGUUGAGCUAACCUUGGGACUCUAAAAGUGAAUUGCUCCAUCUCUGAUCUUAAACGUUUGUUCUCGACCUUGGUCAUAUUUGUCCGACAAUAAAUUCUUAAAGAGGGCAAACAGCCGAUGAAGGCCCCAAAAUGGGGCUAAAGGCGACCAGAAAACCGUCUGCUACAAUCCAGUUUUUUGUGUCAAACUACAUCAUUCUCACCUACAGUGUGCGACACAAGUACACAGUGUUUUUUUUAUCAUCUCAGUCUUUAUUUACUUAAACAAUUUGGACAAACAUUUUGAUAUUGUGUGACAGUAAAACUCAUAUGAACACAUGCCACACACAAUCUGAAAUAAAUAGGACCUUGUGCCAAAUAUAAGUAUGUACAAUGUGGUGUGGGGCAAUAUCACCACCCUUACAAGCUAUAUACACUGACGGUGAAACACACUUUAGUAACAGGCUCGUAGUUUUAGCCUUGAAGUGAUAUCUGAUAUUAUUAAAAGCUAUGAAUACUAAAGGCUUCAAAUAUAUUUUCCGAAAAGAAAAAGGAGACGUGUGUGGGCAAAACUGAUUCAGGCAAAAAGAAAAAUCUGGUUUAUUAAAUUAACCAAUAUAUCUGGUAAAAAAAAAAA